AUGGUCACCUUAACUGUCGAGGGCAAGCAAACACACUUCCUGGUCGACACGGGAGCCACUUAUUCCGUCCUAAAGCAGCCCCGAGGGCAAAUUCAGAAGGCAACCACCAAGAUUGUAGGGGCAACGGGUGAAGCAGAAGCUUACCCAUGAACAACUGCCAGAAUCACGGACUUGGGUCGGGGCACGAUCACUCAUUCCUUCUUAGUUAUCCCAGACUGUCCAUACCCGCUGCUGGGGAGGGACCUGUUGCAGAAGCUCCAAGCCACUAUAACCUUCAAGCAACAAGAAGACCCCGCGGCAGGAGCCAGCGUGGAGGUAACAGUUCCCCUCUCUGAGGAGUACUUGCUGGCUGCACUCCAGGAAGAGAGGCAAGGGGACGCCAGAGUCUCCGAAGUGCUGCAGUCAAAGGUACCAGGGGUGUGGGCAGAAACUAACCCGCCUGGGCUGGCCAUCCACCAGCCACCAGUGCUGGUUCAGCUGUCCAGUACAGCAAGCCCAGUCAGAAUAAGACAGUACCCUGUACCAGCGCGGGCCAGGCAAGGGAUUACGAGACACUUGCGGCGCCUGCUAGAGGCAGGCAUUCUAAGAGAGUGUCAGUCCGCAUGGAAUACCCCUUUGUUGCCUGUCCAGAAACCUGGAACCCAGGAUUACCGUCCGGUGCAGGACUUGCGGGAGGUGAAUGCCCGAGUCGAGACAAUACACCCCAUUGUCCCCAACCCAUAUACGCUGUUAAGCUCGUUGCCCCCAACGCAUACUUAUUACUCUGUUUUAGAUUUGAAGGAUGCCUUCUUUUGUAUACCCCUGGCUCCUCAGAGCCAGGAGAUUUUUGCCUUUGAAUGGAACGACCCCGAAAAUGGACUAGUAGGGCAGUUCACAUGGACCAGACUGCCCCAGGGGUAUAAAAACUCACCUACAAUUUUUAAUGAGGCCCUCAGUAAAGACCUCCAGGAGUUUUGGAAAUCUCACCCCACCAUAGUUCUCCUCCAGUAUGUAGAUGACAUUCUAAUAGCAGCUCAAGAACAAGAGGAAUGUGAAACAGCCACCCUAGAUCUGCUGCGGGACCUUGAGAGGAUGGGAUACCGGGUCUCCGCCAAGAAAGCCCAAAUCGUGACUCAAACUGUAAGUUACCUGGGGUACAACUUGCAGGGGGGACAGAGGACUCUGUCCAGUCAACCGAUCCAGGCGGUUCUGCAAAUUCCAGAGCCGGCCACCAAAAGGCAGGUACGUGAAUUUCUGGGGGCCGUGGGAUACUGCAGGCUGUGGAUAUUAGGCUUUGCAGAACUAGUGAGGCCCUUGCAUGAGCUAACCAGGGGCAAAGAGGACUCAUUCGCAUGGACUGAAAAAGAGAGACAAGACUUUCAGGCAUUAAAAGAAGCAUUAGUAGCUGCCCCAGCUCUGGCCCUGCCAGAUUUGGCUAAGCCUUUCCAAUUGUUUGUAGCAGAAAAAGAAGGAGUAGCCCUAGGUGUAUUGAGUCAGACACUAGGACCAUGGAAGAGACCCGUAGCCUAUUUAUCCAAGAAACUUGACCCGGUUGCUUCCGGGUGGCCGGCCUGCCUGAGGGCCAUUGCAGCCACCUCAUUGCUAGUCAAGGAAGCGAGCAAGCUAACUCUGGGACAGGAUAUACAAGUUAUUGGUGAACAUUAUAUAGAACAAGUCCUGCGGUCACCCCCAGACAGGUGGUUGUCAAAUGCGUGGCUGACGCAGUAUCAGGCCCAACUAUUGAAUCCUCCAGCAGUGCAGUUCCUUAAGACAACUGCCUUGAAUCCGGCCACCUUGCUACCGAUUCCAGAUGCUGAGAUUGUUCAUAACUGCACCCAGGUCCUAGACACAGUGACCGGGGCCCGCCCAGACUUGCGAGACCAAGCCUAUGAAAAGGCAGAUCUGACUCUGUUUACUGAUGGGAGUAGCUUUAUCAAAAAUGGACAGCGGUAUGCAGGAGCAGCAGUGACCACAGAGGAUAAGGUGCUAUGGCAAAAGGCAUUGCCCAAAGGAACAUCUGCACAAAGAGCGGAGUUAAUAGGACUGACCCAGGCCCUAAGGCUAGCUGAAGGAAAGGUCGUCAAUAUCUAUACUGACGGCCGCUAUGUCUUCACCACUGCCCACGUCCAUGGAGCUAUCUACAAGGAAAGGGGCCUCCUGACCACAGGAGGCAAGGACAUUAAAAAUCGUGAGGAGAUCCUCACCCUCCUGGAGGCCAUAUGGCUACGCAAGAAAGUUGCUAUCAUACAUUGCAGGGGCCACCAGAAGGGAGAUUCCCCAGUUAUAAGAGGAAAUACUUUAGCUGAUACUGCCACCAAGGAGACUGCAACAAGCCAAGGUGACAAUUUGCUCCCCCUAGUUCCCCAGCCAGAAUUGCCACUGGAUCCCAAAUACUCCACCGAGGAGGAGCAAGAGGGAACCAAAUUAGGUGGAAGAAAAGAUAAGUAUGGAUGGAUAGUACUCCCUGAUACUAGGAUUUACUUGCCCCAAGGGGUAGUAAGGCAAGUAGUGCAAGAUAUCCAUACCAGCACCCAUUUAGGUCAGAAUAAGUUAGAGCAACUGAUUAGAAAGUACUACCUAGGGCCACACCUCAGAGCAGUAAUUCACUCGAUCACCUCACGGUGUAGGGCAUGUGCUCAGGUAAAUGCACAAAACAGGAAGUUGCCCUGCUUUGUGAGAUAUCGAGGGAAUACCCCAGGAGAACUCUGGGAAGUUGACUUCACUGAAAUAGCUAGAGGGAAGUCGGGCUGCAAGUAUUUACUAGUCCUAGUUGACACUUAUUCAGGGUGGGUCGAGGCUUUCCCCACAAGAGGAGAGACGGCCUCCAUAGUCUGUAAGAUUUUAAUGAGAGAAAUUAUACCUAGAUAUGGGGUACCCCUAGCCAUAGGAUCUGACAACGUACCUGCAUUUGUUUCUAAGGUUUCACAAGAAUUAGUGGCCAGGCUAGGGAUUAAUUGGAAACUUCAUUGCAUUUAUAGACCCCAGAGUUCAGGGCAGAUAGAGAGGAUGAAUAGAACCCUCAAAGAAACUCUAGUAAAGUUAAAGAAAGAGACCGGCGAAAAUUGGGUGGAGCUACUCCCUUUUGCCCUUUUCCGUGUGAGAUGUACCCCAUAUAUUAAGACUUGGGCCCCUUUUGAAAUACUAUUUGGUCAACCUAUACCCCUGGUUCCCCGCCUAACUAAGGAAGAGAUAGAAGUCUCUAAUCACAACUUCCUUAGGCCAUUGCAGACGCUGCAGAAGAUCCGGAGCGAGGUGCGUGCCCUGCAGCAAGCCCGCCACCUGGAGGGAGGAGGCACAGCGCUUGAGCCGUUGGAGCCCGGACAGUGGGUGUGGAUCCUCAACCACAGAAAGGGGAACUUAGAGCCUCGAUGGACUGGGCCCUUCCAGGUACUGCUAAGUACCCCCACUGCAGUUUGA